AUGAGCUCGCCAGACGACCCGCAAAUCAAAGACCCAGCAAGCACGCCGCCGGCGUCAUUGCAGGUCCCCUCGGGCCGGAAGGGCACAAAGAAAGUUCGGACUGGAUGUGUGACCUGCAAGUUGAGCCGGAAAUGUGACGGCUAUUUACCCUCGUCGAAGCCGGGGAGCAGCAAUGAUGGCAGUCCCGGUUCCGAUGACAGCAUUUCACGCUUGAGCCCGGCAGUCUCAGCCUUUGCCGACUGGGCCGGCGGCUCCAGAGAACAGCGCGCGUUUGACUUCUACCGUAACUUCUCCGCCCCAUCCAUCUUUAGCGACGGAGUCGCCUCGACUCUGUGGAAGAAAUUGGUACCGCACUUUUGUCAUGCCGAGCCCGCCAUUCGCCAUGCCGUCCUUGCCAUCAGCAGUCUCCAUGAAACACUCGCGCUACCUUCGAAUUCGGAUCCAAAUACUGAAGACGCAAACAGUCCUCGUGUGCUCACCAAUAAUUUUGCAGCGGAGCAAUACGGCAAGGCCUUGAAGUGUCUUCAGGAGUGGAAGCCAACAGCAUCAUCGCCUGCCACCGUCCCGCUCUUAGCAUGCUUGCUAUUCAUAUGCAUCGAGUUCAUGCUUGGCGACGAGGGUGCAUCCCAGGUGCACAUCAACCAAGGCCGCACCAUUCUCUCACAACUUGAGCCCUCUGCCGAUGUGGAUAUGAUUAAGAAGCAUUUCGUGCCCAUAUAUAGUCGACUUGGCCUCGCAUCUUUUCUCUUUGGGAGCUUCCCCGCCGCCAUACCCGCUACCCUUCAAUCGAGUCCGGCAACGAAUCUAUACUUUGCUUCCGUAGACGAGGCCGAAGUGUCAUUGUACGAACUCAUUGAUGACGGCUUGAGGUUCACAGCACAAGCCAAGAGAGCCGUAUACUCAUGCCAGCCAGACGAUCCAACACUGCUGGACCUGGCCCAUGAACAAGACGACUUCCUCGCACGGUUAUCACGAUGGCACAUUGCAUUUGUCGUAGUCUCAGCCACCGGCACCGAUGACAACCUGAGCAAACGAAAGUUGUGCAUGGUCUACUAUCACGCAGCCAGGAUUGCAAUCAGUACGGCGAUGGACCCGAAGGAGAUUGCCUUUGAUACGCAUACCACGGCCUUUGCGUCCAUUGUCAGCAACUCGGCGGAGUUUGUACAAGCCACACGCAAGACGGUUCGUGACCCAUCCGAGGCCGCCAAGUCGAUGCCCAAGUUUGUUUUCGACACCGAGGUCAUCCCGCCGCUUUACUACGUUAGCAUCAAAUGCCGGCAUCCGAUGCUACGGCGAGCUGCCGUCAAUCUACUCAAGCAAGACGCCGUGACGAAUCGUAGGGAGAACCUGUGGGAUGCCCAGAUGCUGGCUGAAAUUGGCAAGCGCUGCAUAACUAUUGAAGAGGAGGCAGCUCGUUACCGUGAGGAGGCUUUUGAUAUCACAGCUGGGUGGGACACGGCGUCUUGGGAGGGAUCCGAUGGUGUGCCAACUGGCCUCUUCCCGGCGGAAAUGGAAUCCGGGAUGGCGUGUGACUACCCCGUUCCUCGAUUCCAAUACCCGCAGAUUCCAAAAGCCACAAAUUCGCAACAAAAUGAAGAGUAUGAGAGAACGCGGAUUCUUGUCCAUGAUUUGAUGCUGGACAGUCAAUUGACGCCCGGUUCUGCAUCUACGGGAUCAACGCCAUCUUCCGGGAGCAUCGGUAAUUUUGGGGCCUACCAGCUCGAGCCGCCCUUUGGCCUCCCUGAGCACGCGAGGAUCAAGAAUGCUCUGAUUGACAAUGAGCAGAGGCGAGGUAGCUGGGUGACGAUAUUUAUGGACCCCGAAGAGGCUGGGGCGGCGAACUGGAAGGUUACCAAAGAGUUCAUUUCACGGUGA